GCCCCUCCCUGCAAGCCAAGAACAAGCGCAGUCCAGGCUGGGGACCCCAGACCCGGAACCCUUGAAGCUGGGAACUCUAUAGGACUGGAACUGAAGUGGGGAACGGGAUCUGGGAGGGACUUCCUGUUGUCCCUAAUCCCGGCCUCCACCCAGCUCCCCCACCCACUCAGUGCUGUCUGCAGAGGCUUCCUUCCCCGGGAGGGGGGCUCCUUAUCGCCCCAGGUACCCUCUCCGCCUCCACCUGGGCUCCUGGCCAAAACCUGGAGGGGGCUUUACUAGUAGGAGAGAAACCACUUGCUGUUUUCCUGGCCCUGAAAUAGAAGAUGUCUGCAGACAGUGGACACAUCCUUGGUACUGUGAGUGAAGAGAGAGCCUGUGAGGUUCCAGGUCAUGGGCAACCCUGUGGAGAUAUGGUGUCUGGGCAGGAGGAGACAGUGCCCUUGGGGGCCUCUCCAGAAUCAACACACAUUAAGACAGAGCCAGGAGAGCCACACUCGGAGGAGGCAUCGCAGGAGGACAAGGAUCCAAGAACACAGGGCUGGAUGCCCAUAAGUCCUGGCUCAAAGGAGAAAGCCCUGUUCCUGCCUGGCAGAGCUCUUCCCUCACCCCAGAUUCCUGUGCUUUCCCGAGAGGGAAGGACCAGAGACCGGCAGAUGGCUGCAGCACUUCUCACCGCUUGGUCCCAGAUGCCAGUGACCUUUGAGGAUGUGGCUCUGUACCUCUCCCGGGAGGAGUGGGGAAGGCUGGACCACACACAGCAAAAUCUCUACAGGGACGUGCUACAGAAAAGAAAUGGGCUGGCUUUGGGGUUUCCCUUCAGCAGGCCUUUCUGGGUUCCUCAAGUUCAGGGGAAGGGCCAGGCGGCCAGCUUCACCAGGCAGACAGGAGCAGAGAAGGAGAGGAGAGGCCUUGAUUCAGGAGCUGUGGAGGUAGGGAAGGGAGUUCCAACCCUGACCAUGUCAACCUUCGGGGAUGUGAAGCCCACACAGACCAGGGCUGGGUGGGCCCCGGGGGACGACCUGCAGUGUGGGCAGCAAGCAGCUAGCAGCCUGGGUGCAAGGCUGGCCGGAGACCCUGGGGAAGCCAGACAGCCAAAGCCAGCCCCGCUCGGCAUGUGUCCCUCGAAGGACAGCAACCCAGAGAAACCCAGCGAGGAGAAGGAUGCCCCAGAGAGUGGCGAGGAGGGCCUGAGCCCCGACGGCGACGCAGCCAAGAAGACCUACAAGUGCGAACAGUGUGGCAAGAGCUUCAGCUGGCACUCACACCUGGUAACACACCGGCGCACGCACACCGGCGAGAAGCCGUACGCCUGCACAGACUGCGGCAAGCGCUUUGGCCGCAGUUCGCACCUCAUCCAGCACCAGAUCAUUCACACCGGCGAGAAGCCUUACACCUGCCCGUCGUGCUGGAAGAGCUUCAGCCACCACUCCACGCUGAUCCAGCACCAGCGGAUCCAUACUGGCGAGAAGCCUUACGUGUGCGACCGCUGCGCCAAGCGCUUCACCCGCCGCUCGGACCUGGUCACGCACCAGGGCACCCACACCGGCGCCAAGCCGCACAAGUGCCCGAUCUGCAGCAAGUGCUUCACGCAGAGCUCCGCGCUGGUCACGCACCAGCGCACACACACCGGCGUCAAGCCGUACCCGUGCCCCGAGUGCGGCAAGUGCUUCAGCCAGCGCUCCAACCUCAUCGCGCACAACCGCACGCACACCGGUGAGAAGCCCUACCACUGCCUCGACUGCGGCAAGAGCUUCAGCCACAGCUCGCACCUCACCGCCCACCAGCGCACCCACCGCGGCGUGCGGCCCUACUCCUGCACGCUCUGCGGCAAGAGUUUCAGCCGCCGCUCCAACCUGCACCGGCACGAGAAGAUCCACACCACCGGGCCCAAGGCCCUGGCCAUGCUCAUGCUAGGGGCGGCGGGGGCGCUGGCUGCAUCCCCACCUGCUCCCACCUAGGACGCAAGGGGGAGCGGUAAGCACACCUAGGGCUGGGACAGCCCUCACUGAAGCUAGGGCCCUGGGAAAGUGCAGGGCGAGACGUGCCACCGCAGGCACGGAGUGGGGCUUGAUCAUGUGGGAGGAGCCAGGGCGAGAAGGGCGGGUACUCUAGCUGUAAAUUAAAACGCCUUGGAAUUGAAGCUUUGGCCUUUGGCCCGGCUCUCUUCCCAUCUCUGAGGCUGACCCCUGAGCGCUGGGUAGCUUUGGAUUCUACCAGCUGUUCUAAUUGAGGUAUCCCUGAGUCACCACUCUUAGCUUGGAAACCCUUCCCUCGCCUUGACCGUCCGGGCCUCUUUGCCAGACGCUCAUUCCAGAACAUUGGGACUUUUUGUUUUUUGUUACAGUUGAGACAGGAGCCCAGACUGGCCUCGAACUCCUUAUGUAGACUAGGCUGGCCUGGAACUCUGCCCAUUUCUGCCUCCCAAGUGCUGAAAUUAAAGGCCUGC